AUGGCCCCACGAGGUAUUGACAUGAUUAUUGGGAUAGAUGUGGGCAUGAGCGAACAUAGAUUGACUGCUUCUCUUAGUGAGCCUGAAGCAGUUGCCAUAUUCUCGGUCAGGGAGGAUCAAAUCAACCUUCAAGAUGAUAACAACGUACUCGUUGUAGAUGCUGGGGGUGGCACAAUAGACAUUUGUCUCGCCAAGGUAAAGGUAUCGACAAAAAACGAUAUUCUAUUGGCAGAGUUGAAGCCAAACAUUGGUGAGAACUCUGGUUCCACGUACAUCGACACCCAAUUCCAGCAGCUAGCACUCAAAGAAUUGGAGAAGGCUGGCCAUGAGCGACUGGGCGGCGAACCGGUAGAGCUAGCUUGGAGAAUGAUGAAUAGUGAAGAGUUUCAAAACUAUAAACAUGGGUUCACUGGCCAUCGUGACGACAAGGACGGUUUCUUUGUGAAAAUACCUAAAUUGGACGGAAAGGUCUCAUUUGAGGAAGCUAAUAUCGCGAAUGGAGAGUUACGCGUCAGAUGGAUCAUAUCAUUCUCUCUUGGCGGCCUUGGAUCUUCCCCAUAUGUCCAGCGGCAGCUUCAAGCCCGAUUCAGAAAGCAGUCUUCAUAUCUCCAAAAUGCUUCCUUUCACCUAUCAUCUAAGCCACAGCUUUGCGUAAGUCAAGGUCUUGUAUAUGAACGCGUGCGCAGUCUUUACAAUGGGUCAUCUACGUCCACCAAGCUGUGUUCCCAAGAUUCUUUCGGAAUCAUGACACGGGUGGAAUAUGAGGGCUGGAAAUUGUCCCAUAGAUUGGCAAAGAAGCAAAAUGGAGUUGAGAGAAAUCAGCUCGAUGGGGGGCGUUUGGUUAAACGUGUAGACUGGCUGAUUCGAAAGGGGGAUGAGACGAAAUCUGGAGAUAAAUUUACCAGGGAACUCCGUUGCAGAUUCGAAAAUAAUUUGAAGAAUUCUGACCUUGUGGGCGAUAUCUCCGUGGUAAGCUCGUCGGACGAGAAACCACCUGAAUUCUAUACUUCUAAUAAUGGAGUUCAAGUACUUCAAACCAUAAGAUGCAACUACUCAGGCUUGAAAACUCGCUCCAAGCCUUGGUUUAGCCUAAUCAAUGGUUGCCAACAGUUUAAAUUUAAGGUUGAAGCGACAAUGGAAGACCGGGAGGUCAAGUUUGAAUGUUUAUCGUUGGACGGCAACCCAAUAUCUAAGACUCCGGCCGCCGUUCCGGUUUCAACCGUGCCUAUCGAAUCGGAUAUCCCAUACUCUGUGGUAAUGUCAGCUUAG